AUGUUGGACUUAUGGCCAGUGAUACUGGGGAUCCUAAUAGCGAUAUCUUUGCUCACAAUUAUAAUGAAUAUUUUGGUUGCAACAGCGGUAUUGACAACUAAAAAGCUUCAAACAGUAACUAACAUAUACUUGGCAUCUUUAUCAUUCGCAGACACUUUUGUUGGAUUCAUUGUCAUGGGAGCGAUGGCUGUUUACACCAUAUAUGGCUAUUGGCCUCUUGGUAGUACCGCCUGCACCAUUUGGGUAAUAUUUGAUUACUGUUGCUGCACCGUAUCUAUGUUGCACCUUGAUGUCAUCGCUUUCCAGCGUUUCAAAGCCAUCAACGACCCUUUGGGAUACCAUGCUGAGGAAAGGAAAAAUUCUAAGCAGUCUGUGAAACACAUUACCGCUAUUUGGGCCAUCGGAAUUUUGGUCUGGCUACCUGCUAUUUUGUACUUCAGAAUAAAGAGUACAUUUGACGGGGACAUUGACGAAACGGAUUGUCUAUUUUUGCCUUCUAGAGACUACAUAAUAACCCAAUCGUGCAUCGUUUACUUCAUACCAGUUAUCAUCAUGGUGUAUUAUUACUCCAGAACUGUUCAUAUGUUCAAGGGGUCCAGACUCUCAAAAACAUUUGCAACACAUUCGGCAAGCAGAGAGGAGAACGAAGCGAUAGCUCCAAAAACACGCUCGGAUAGCGAUCAUUUUCAAGUACAGGGUACCAUUGGAAACAUCAAGUCAAUAAGCAGCCAAGCGUUGCUACAGAAACGCAUUAAACAAGAAAAACGCCUCUCCAAAAUGUUGGGCAUAGUAAUUGUUUGUUUUUUGGUUUGUUGGUUGCCGUUCUGUUUAUUUUGGCCAAUAGAGGCUUUUUGUCCAGAUUGUAUCCCAUUGAAAGCCUACGAAGCAUCGAUAUGGAUGGCGUUCAUCAACUCAACAGUAAACCCAAUUCUAAUAUUCACGAUGAACAAGGAUUAUCGCAAAGCGCUGAAGAAAAACGUGAUUCAUUCAAACGAGGUGAACCCCUCUGCGAUUUCAACAGUGAGUUAG